AAGCAGCGCUUUCCCGUUAAGGUGCCGCCACGCUGCGGAUGCCUGCCUACAGUCCCCGUGCCGGCCUUGCGGGGGCGUCCUCUUAUGUCGCUCAUUUACAUAGAGGCGAAGCUUUCCUCCGCUCCGGCUGCUGGAUCCCUUUAGGGCUUUAUAUCGCCUAAUAAACGGCGUCAGAUGUGUCUGGAGCCGCGACAGCGGACGGCUUACGGGAGCGCAAAGAUCUGCACUCUUCUCCAACCUCUCGUUUUCGUUUUCACUUCGUUUUUCUUUUAUGUUUCUCAUCCCCUUCCGUCUACUCUGGCAGCGGCAAAAUAACCGUUUGAUUUUCCCAGGAUGUCGGUAGCCGGUUUCAAGAAGCAGUUUCACAAAGCCAGCCAGCUGCUGAGCGAGAAGAUAAGCGGGGCAGAGGGCACCAAGCAUGACCGCGACUUCGUGACGAUGGAGAAGAAGAUCGAUAUCACCAGCAAGGCCAUUUUUGAUCUGCUGUCUAAAACCACAGAAUACCUCCAACCAAAUCCAGCCUACCGAGCCAAACUGGGCAUGCUCAACACGGUGUCGAAGAUGCGGGGGCAGGUGAAGACCGUGGGAUAUCCCCAGACGGAGGGCAUGCUGGGAGAUGUCAUGCUCCGCUACGGCAAGGAACUGGGGGAGGACUCCUCCUUUGGUUGUGCUCUAGUCGACGUAGGCGAGGCAAUGAAGCAGAUGGCCGACGUCAAAGACUCGCUAGACAUCAGUGUGAAGCAGAAUUUCAUCGACCCAUUGCAGUCACUGCAGGACAAGGAGCUGAAGGAGAUUGGGCACCACCUGAAGAAGCUGGAGGGCCGUCGUCUGGACUUUGACUACAAGAAGAAGAGGCAAGGGAAGAUCCCCGAGGAGGAGGUGCGGCAGGCUGUGGAGAAGUUUGACGAGUCCAGAGAACUGGCUGAGAGGAGCAUGAUCAACUUUCUGGAGAGCGACGUGGAGCAGGUGAGUCAGCUUGCUGCACUGGUAGAAGCUGGUCUGGACUACCACCGCCAGUCAUUGGAAAUCCUGGAGGAACUGAACAGCAGACUGAAGAGCAGGAUAUCUACGGAAAGCCACCGUCCAAAGAAGGAGUUCAAUCCAAAGUCUGUAAUGAGAAGCCUAGAGACCAUCGAGAGCCUGCCCCACAACGGACUGUCGUACAGCUCAUCAGUCAAAUCCACAGGUUCCCUGGUAAACCACACCGUCAAUGGGAAAAAUGAGCUGAUCUCUUCCCCGCCCCUGAUAUGGCCAGACAGCCCCCAGACUGACCAUUCCGAGGCUCCCCUGGACCAGCCGUGCUGUCGAGCGUUGUAUGACUUCAAGCCGGAGAACGCGGGUGAGCUGGGCUUCAAGGAGAGCGACCUCAUCAUCCUGACCAAUCAGAUCGACGAGAACUGGUACGAGGGUAUGAUCCACGGCGAAUCGGGCUUCUUCCCUAUCAGCUACGUCAGUGUCAUCGUGCCGUUGCCGCAGUGACCGCUGGGCCACUUGCUGGAACCUCUGCUCUCGUCUCUCUCAGUUCUCAGUAUUUUUUAAGAAAUAUAUCUUAUUUUUCAAUAUUUAUGCGCUCCUUUUUGGAGCGUGGAGCUACCUGUAUGUGUGUCAUUUGGGAACUUGGCAUCUGCUUGGUUGGUAUGUCUCCGCUGUCGCCUUCCACUCUGCUGUCCUGCUCCAAAGCGUCACUCAUUCUCUCCUGCCUGCUGCCAUCUUAGGUGUUAUUUUUAGACUUUGAAUGGAGGGGACAGACCUAUCAUUCUGUGAAUGUCCUCUAGGCCCUCUGUGUUUACAUGCCAUGCCCUGGUGUGAUGCAGCACACCUGCCCGCAGUCACUAUGACAAGCUCAGUACUGAGCAGCAUUUUCUGUCCGCUUGUACUCUGCUUUUUAAAAGCUUAUUUAUUGCCUCUCGUUUUGCACUGAAGCCUUAGACUGUUUUACGGACGUUCCGUUCCUCUUCUUUUAUAACAUUGCACUUUCAUUUGCUCCCAUAACAGAAGGAAACUCUUUUUACAAAUUCUGUGUAUUUACUGUAAGUUUCCUGUGUAGGGAGUAGAAGAGGUGGGUUCCGCUUGUACGUUAAAGUAUGUUAUAAUCAUCGUGCUACAGAAUGAUGGAUCUGCGGCGGCCGCUAUCUACUGUUCAUGCAAUAAUGCUGUCACAUUAUGCAGUUAUGUUAUAUUAAUCUCCCUACCCAAAAUUAUGCCAAAUUAUUAACAUUAUUUUUUUAGGAAUAUGACCACGCGUUUGCAUCAUUCAGUACGAAUAAGCAAGUACAGAAAUUAAUUUACCUUAAUGAAUGGGAAGCUAUUCGGUUUAUCCUCUAAACAAUUAUAUCAGAAAAUAAUAUGUGUGCUAUGUUUUUCUGGGUCAGCGUAGAAAAAUAUGUUUAUUAAUCUUGAUCCAUUAAAACUCAGUUGCUAGUCAACAUCAGGUAGAAAACAUAUAUAUUUUAAUGCAUUUUAAAGUAAAGUUUUUGCCAGUGAGCAGAGUCUGAGUAAAGUAAUCCAUAUUCUACUGCGUAGAGCAAAAACAGCUUCAGCAAAAAGCGAAAAAUCAACUGAAGUAGAAUGAAGGCCAUUUAAUUACACGUGCAGCUACUGGCUGCUGAAUCGCUGUGAGGAUCCUUGCCAUUAUGUCGUCAUCUUCUGCUGUUAUUUAUAAAAUCGACGGGGCUUUCAUUUGUCUAUGAAAUUAUUGCAAUGCACGACAUAACUUUUUAUUUUUUCUGUAAUUUAUAGAAAGUGUUCUAUAAGCGUUGUAAAUGAUUAUAUAAAUAAUAUCGGCUGUACUGUGUAAAUAAACGAAUAUGCA